GAGAGAGAGAAUGAGGAGCCAAUUGGGAAUGGUAAAGGGAGAACGAAAAAAGAAAAACCGUUGGUCGAUCGAAUAAUAAUACUAAGAACAUAGAAGUAGAAUUCGCCAAAUCGAAGCUGACCCAUCGCUCCUUUUUGCCUCCUUUGUCCAACUAACCAUUUCUCUGCAUAACAACAAAAACCCCCAAAUCCCAUUUUCCUCUUUCUUCCCUUCUUCCCUUUCUCCAUCUUCUCUUCUAAAUUCCCAACAAUCCCAGCUCGAUCCAGUCCAAUAAUGGAUGAUGUGACGGCUUCUUCAGGGUCGUUGAUCAACGGGCCUCCUUCGCACACCCCCUCUUCUUUUUCUUCCACCAUUUUUACCAAUUACCCUCUCAUUUCUGCUCUCCUUGCCUUCGCUAUUGCCCAGUCCAUCAAGUUCUUCACCUCCUGGUAUAAGGAAAGACGAUGGGAUUUUAAGAAACUAGUAGGAUCCGGUGGAAUGCCUUCAUCUCAUUCUUCAACUGUUUCUGCUCUUGCUAUAGCUAUUGGGCUCCAAGAAGGCUUUGGAGCAUCAGUCUUUGCUGUUGCAUUGAUCCUAGCAUGUGUUGUAAUGUACGAUGCAACUGGUGUGAGAUUACAAGCUGGACGCCAAGCAGAGGUUUUGAAUCAAAUUGUUUAUGAGCUUCCUGCUGAGCAUCCUUUGGCUGAGAGCAGACCAUUGCGAGAACUUCUUGGACACACCCCUCCCCAGGUUUCCAUUAAGAUGACAUUCUACAGUUAUAGCUGGAGGCUUGCUUGGUAUUGUCACCUCUUCUAUUGGCCAUUUGAUGAUCAUAAUGACAAGGUCUUGAACAUUGUGCUGAAGUAGAUCAAGCAGGUAAGGCAGUUGUAGCCCUGAUCUUGUCACUGAUGAAAGCUAUCUGCUCUAAAACUUCAGUAUCAACUUAUUCUUGUGAAUAUGGUCUGCACAUAACAUUUGAUCGAUGAGAUAUUUCAGAAUCAUUGUUUGAUUUAUUGCUGUAUUUAGUGCAAUAGGACCAUCAUCAAGCUGCAGCUACACUUGCAGCAAAUUAGAAAACAAACGUAUAGUUCUUAGCACCUACGUUUUAGAUAUAGCUCUAAUGGCACUUGCUUUUGCUACAAGUCCAUUUUGAUUCAUGUAGUUUUCCUAUUUUGUGGUUUUUAUUCUUAACUAAUUCUGGAUAAAAGGAAGAAGGCUAUUUUCUGUGGCUGUCA